AUGGCUUUCUAUUGCUGUGCCAGAUUAAGCAAUAAAUCGGUAAUGGGCACCUUAACCAAGUUUAACACUGUAAUAAGAACAGCGCAAUAUGCCCAAUCUGCUGCAGUGCCGAAAAUAACCUUCAAGCAAUAUGAAGAACCAAAAGUAGAGCCUUAUGAUGACAAAAAUGCGCGACUCCAACGACCGAUGUCCCCACAUCUUACGAUCUAUAAACCCCAACUCACCAGUCUUCUAUCUGUGACACACAGGGCUGCAGGUAUGCUAUUAUCAGGGUAUAUAACUGCCUUGGGUGUCGGUGCAUUAGUUUUGCCCCAUGAUGUGGCCCAUUAUGUGACAAUGAUUGAGGGAUUGAAUCUGUCUCCUGCGACUAUAUUCCUUGCCAAAGCCAUGUUAGCUGCACCAUUUGGUUACCACUUUGCUAAUGGAAUGAGGCAUCUAUAUUGGGACACAGCUAAAGGACUCACAAUUAAAGAAGUAUAUUCUACAGGAUAUGCAAUGUUAGCCGGAGCAGUAGCAAUCACCAUAUUUUUAGCAGCCUUGUAA